AUACCUACUCAAUGCUCUUCUGUGUGUGACUCGCUCAUCCGGAGGGCACCCCCGUCGUCGAAGUACCGCAAAGAGACGCGCUUUUUUAUCCACGGCCACCAUUCUCUUACGAACCGCGCCGGCAGUCGGACGUAAAACUGUGCGACGAAACGUUAACCGCGUGGCGUGGCUAUUCUGUUCCCUCUCCUUAUAACAAAUUCUGUACCUUUGCCCAUACAGAGGAGCGUGGUGCUAAGAACGGAACGGAAAGAAGUUUUUCUCCUUGUGAUUUUCGACCGCGGUCGUCGACUUCGUUGUUUGAAAAAUCGCGUUCAGAAUCGGUGAUUUUCGAGUGAAAGUGAUAUGAAAAGUGUGAAAAAUUGAUUGGAAACUGUGUCCAGACAGAUUGAACGUGUUUGAAUAAGGAUUACUAGUAGGAGCAGUUUGCAGCCAGCAAGGAAGGAAGGAAACGCUACCAAAAUGGGAGAUCAAGCAGUGCCCCCGAAGGGAAAUGUCCUGGGAUCUCUGGUCCCGGCCCGUUACAUUCUAGCCGUGCUCGGUUCCAUCGGUAUGGCUAUCAUUUACGGGCUGAAAGUGAACCUGAGCGUGGCCAUGGUGGCCAUGCUGAACCACUCGGCACUGGCACACAGUUCGGCUCCGGUUCACGAGAUGACCGAAAUGCACAGCACCGAAGAGGUCUGCGGCCAGUCUGGAAACUCGACGGAAGCGGUCGAGGAUGGCCCCUUCGCCUGGAGUGAACCCCUGCAAGGAACCAUUCUCAGCUGUUACUUCUGGGGAUACUUCGUAUCGCAGAUUCCCGGAGCCCGCAUUGCAGAGAGCUUGUCCGCCAAAUGGGUGAUGUUCUUCUCGGUGUUCAUCAACGUGAUCUGCACGCUGUUGACUCCGGUCGCUGCCGAACUGCACUACGGAGCCAUGAUUGCCAUGCGUAUCGGUGAAGGUAUCGGAGGAGGUGUGACCUUCCCAGCUAUGCACGUCAUGUUGGCCUCGUGGGCUCCACCGAAUGAAAGGUCGGUCAUGUCGGCUAUUGUGUACGCUGGCACUGCCCUGGGUACGGUUAUCUCCAUGUUGAUGGCAGGUGUACUGGCCGGAAGCUUGGGCUGGGAGUCGGUGUUCUACGUUAUGGGAGGUUUGAGCUGUAUCUGGUUAGUCCUGUGGGUGUGUUUGGUCCAGGACAGUCCCAACAAGCAAGCAUUGAUCAGUGCCGAAGAGCGAUCGUUCAUCACUUCGUCGUUGGGUACUGAGGGAGGAUCUGGCCAUGGAGGUCCCAAGCCAGCUAUUCCAUGGAAGAAGGUCUUCACGUCGGCACCAUUCUACGCUAUCUUGAUUGCCCACGUUUGCAACAACUGGGGCUGGUAUAUGCUGCUGAUCGAACUUCCGUUCUACAUGAAGCAAGUUCUCCAGUUCAACAUCAAGGAAAACGCCGUGGUCACUGCCAUUCCAUUCUUGACCAUGUGGUUCUUCAGUAUGGCUCUUAGCAAGACCUUGGAUGCUCUGCGGGCUCGCAAGAAGAUCAACACCACGAUUGCCAGGAAGACCGCUACCCUGAUCGCGUCGUUCAUUCCCAUGUGCUGUCUGUUGGCUCUGUGCUACAUUGGAUGUAAUCGUGGAGCAGCCGUUGCCCUGAUGACCAUUGGAAUCACCUCUAUCGGCGGUAUGUUCUGCGGCUUCCUGUCCAACCACAUCGAUAUUGCACCGAACUACGCUGGCACCUUGAUGGCCAUUACCAACACUGCUGCAACGUUGCCUGGUAUUACCGUUCCGAUCUUUGUUGGCCAAAUCACCCAUGGAAACCAAACCAUUGGUGCUUGGCGCGUUAUCUUUUUCGUUACGAUCGGCCUGUACAUCAUCGAGAUGAUCGGAUACACUUUCUUGGGUUCAGGAGAAGAACAAUCGUGGAACAAGGGUGACAAGACCAACAAUGGUGCUGUUGAAAACGGUGAAGCCGAAGCUACGCCACUGAACACGAAGGAAACGAAAACCAACUACACAAACCAAGAAGAGUAGAAUGUGGUGCUCAUUGCACGGAAUUGAAACCAGUGAAUUUGAUGGGAUGCGGAGAGGGUCGUAAACCCACAUGACAUAGGGACGGCAUCGCCUAUCAGAGUGAUUUCACAAAGCGACAAAAAACGAUAUCAAAGCUCUUGUUUCUUACUUGAGAUUUUUUCUGAACUUUUACUACGAAACAAACUUUAAUUUAAAGUUACUUAUUUUUGCGACUACAAUGGUACUUUUACACAAAAAUACUUAUUAUACAAGAAAGUCAAAUAUUACUUAAGUUGCUAAAAUUAAAACUAAGAUUUUUAUAACAGAAUAUGUUUUGUUUUGAAAUUUUAACCUAUCAACAAAGAGGAAACCCAUACCGCCGAUCGAUCCAAAUGCUGCCAUAUGCGAACUUUUGAAUUAAUUUGCCUCAAACAGAAACAUUAUCUAAAAAUGCAAACAACCGAAUGGACUUGAAACUGCGGCUUUACGGCCAAACCUCUCUGAUACUUUAGGAACCAAGCAAUUCAAAGUUACUUGAAGAGACUUUCUGUGAACUAAAUUGCAAGCAUUUAGCUAAAACAAUUAAUCAAACAAACAAAGAAAACUAUUAUAUGGAAGGAUGUUAGGUUAUACUAGGCACACCUAUGAAAUGCUUUAACUGAGGAAAGGAUAUUUAAAUGUUAGUGCAACAAAGCAAACUUAUAAUAAACCGAUGAAAAACAAUUUGGGGGCAAAUAUUACAGCCAAAACUAGGUCAGACAGCGUACAACAAAAUAGUUUCAAUCUUGAAAUCCCCGUGAACGUAGAUUGUUUGCUUAAACGUUUUCAUUGCUUUUCAAAAAGUUUAUUUUUCCUUAGAAAACAAAACUCAUAGUGGUUUCUUGUAAAACAUGAUCGCUCAAAUUGUGCACCCGUUCAUAAAACGCAAAUGCGAAAAAAUAGUUCUUGAAAACAGGACUUGAACUCAAGAAAACGAUUGAGCAAAUAUUUCGCAUCAGAAAAGGGAAAUCAAGCAGGAAAAACAGCGAUAUGGAAAAUGUAAAGUUGCUUUAGUGUAAGUUAAUUUGCUGCAUUGCAGUGUGUAGAUUAAGCUCUCCAGAAAACCUAAAGAAAAUCCAUAAAAAGAAGAGUAAAGAGAUGCAUGAACAAUGUUGUUAUAUCGUAUAAAGAUACAUUUAUCAACCCAGAUUCGUCAAUAAAGUGAAACCUGAA